AUGUCGGUGUUGAGUAAAGAAGCAGGGGGCGACUUUAACGUUGGUUGUAUUGGCAAGGAUGUGGAGAAUUACUUGGGGAACAAAAGAAGAAAAUUAUUUGAAGAAGGAGAUGCACAACGAUUAUAUGCCUAUUUCUUUGAUCGACAAUGCAAAGAGCCUGGAUUUGUGUACUCAAUGCAAGUUGAUGAGAAUGGGUGCAUGGGAAGUUGUUUUUGGGUAGAUGCAAGAUCAAGGGCGUCGUACCAAUAUUUUGGGGAUGUGGUCACAUUCGAUGCCACAUAUUUGACAAAUAUUUAUAAGAUGCCCUUUGUGCCAUUUUCUGGAGUUAACCAUCAUCACCAAACUAUAAUGUUUGGUUGUGCCUUGUUGGUUAAUGAAACAGCUGAGUCAUAUGUAUGGUUAUUGAGAACAUGGCAAGAAGCAAUGCUUGGACGAGCCCCUUCAACCAUAAUUACCGAUGAUGACAAGGCUAUGGCAAAGGCCAUUGGAGAGGUACUCCCAAAUACAACUCAUAGAUUAUGUUUGUGGCACAUUCUGCAAAAAUUCCCUGAACAUUUGGCUUAUGUAUAUAAUAGAUUUCCGGAUUUCCAAAAAGAUUUCCAUCAUUGUAUUCAUAACACAAUUACAAUUGAUGAGUUUGAGCAUGAAUGGAGUGUUAUAUUAGUGAAGUAUGAGUUAGGAGAUAAUACUUGGCUGCAAAAUCUUUAUAACCGACGGGAGAAGUGGGUUCCGGCUUACUUGCGUUCAACAUUUUGUGCCGGCAUGUCAACGACUCAAAGAAGUGAAAGCAUGAAUAAGUUUUUCAAGGAUUAUGUUCGUUCCAGUACUAUGGUCAGUGAUUUUGUGCAUCAAUAUGAGAAAGCAUUAGAUGCACGUUAUUUUAAAGAGAAAGAAAAGGACGUGCGAACAAAAUCAACUUGUGCCAUAUUGAAAACAUGUUACAAAAUUGAAGAAGAAGCUUCCAUAGUCUACACAAGAAAGUCUUUCACAAUUUUUCAAGAUGAGCUUUUUAAUAGUCAACGCUACAACUCAACUAAAUUUUCCAACGAGGGCGAAAGCAAGACUUAUAGAGUGGUACCUCAUGGCAAAGAAACCCCUCUCUAUCAUGUGACCUUGGAGAGUGGAGGAGAUAAGGUGACUUGCACUUGCCAUAUGUUUGAGUUUAUGGGAAUUCUCUGUAGGCAUAUCCUGUGUGUACUUGGAAAGAAAUCAAAAUUAGAUUGUUUGUCACAACACCAUAUUCUAGAAAGAUGGACUAUCAAUGCUAAGAGUCGACCUAUUAUUGACAUUCCCAUUCUCGAAGGGCAUGUAACGCCACAGGAUGAUCUAGCAAUGAGGAAAAACUCAUUGAUGAUGCAAUUUUAUGUCAUUGCGGAACUUGGGACGAAGUCAAGGAAAAAACUCAAUCACCUCUCCCUUGCCUUAGAUAAGGUCCAUAACGAGCUACUUCUAAUGGAAGAUGAUGACAAUAUUGAAGAAUCUGUGGGCCCAGUUGGAAGGGAGUCAACCUAUGAAUCCAUUUCUCAAAGAUCUCAGGUUGUCUCCAAUUUUUCACAAACAAUACAAGAUCCUCCACGAGUGCCCACGAAAGGGCGUCCAAAGUCUUUGAGGGCAAAGAAUCCAAAAGAGAUGCAACCAACCAAGAAAAGACGUUGUAGCGUUUGCAAAAAUGAGGGACAUGCUCGGAACAACUGUCCUUUAGUGAGGGAUAUUGGGCAUACAGUCCAGGUUGACAGCACUAACUUGGAUUCUUAA